AAUCGACCUUCCAUGCCCCAAAGGCUGGUGGGGGAACCCUGUCUGCGGGCCGUGCCUCUGUGCUGUCAGCAAAGGCUUCGAUCCCGACUGCAACAAGACGAAUGGCCAGUGCCAGUGCAAGGAGAAUUUCUACAAGCCCCCAGCCCAGGAUGCCUGCCUGCCCUGUGACUGCUUCCCCCAUGGCUCCCACAGCCGUGCUUGCGACAUGGACACUGGGCAGUGCGCCUGCAAGCCCGGCGUCAUCGGCCGCCAGUGCAACCGCUGUGACAACCCAUUCGCUGAGGUCACCACACUCGGCUGUGAAGUAAUCUACAAUGGAUGUCCCCGAGCAUUUGAGGCUGGCAUCUGGUGGCCACAGACUAAGUUCGGGCAGCCGGCUGCAGUACCGUGCCCCAAGGGAUCCAUGGGAAACGCUAUUCGACACUGCAGUGGGGAGAAGGGCUGGCUGCCCCCGGAGCUCUUCAACUGCACCUCCGUCUCCUUCAUGGACCUCAAAGUCCUGAACGAGAAGCUGAGCCGCAACGAGACGCAGCUGGACAGUGACCGGUCCCUGCGGCUGGCGAAGGCGCUGCAGAAUGCCACGCGGCACACGGGAGCGCUCUUCGGCAACGACGUGCGCACGGCCUACCAGCUGCUGGCCCGCGUCCUGCAGCACGAGAGCCACCAGCAGGGCUUCGACCUGGCGGCCACGCGUGACGCCGACUUCCACGAGGAUGUCAUCCUCGCGGGCAGCGCCCUCCUGGCCCCGGCCACCAGGGCCGCGUGGGAGCAGAUCCAGCGCAGCGAGGGAGGCGCGGCCCAGCUGCUGAGGCGCUUUGAGGCCUACUUCAGCAACGUGGCGCGGAAUGUGAGGCGCACCUACCUGAGGCCCUUCGUCAUUGUCACCGCCAACAUGAUCCUUGCAGUUGACGUCUUCAACAAGUUUAACUUUACGGGAGCCAGGGUGCCAAGGUUCGAGGACAUUCGUGAUGAGAUCCCGAGGGAGCUGGAGUCCUCAGUCUCCUUCCAAGCUGACUUCUUCAAGCCGCCAGAGAAAAAAGAAGGCCCCAUGGUGUGGCCGGCCAGCCGGAGGGCCACCCUGCAGACCACGCACCCAGGGCCCAGCGCCCAGAGUGAGGCCCCGUUCAGCAGGCGGAGGAGACACCCAGACGACCCCGGCCAGUUUGCUGUCGCCCUGGUCAUCAUUUACCGGACGCUGGGGCAGCUGCUGCCUGAGCACUAUGACCCCGAUCGCCGGAGCCUCCGGCUGCCCAACCGGCCCGUCAUUAACACCCCAGUGGUGAGUGCCAUGGUAUACAGCGAGGGGGCUCCGCUCCCGAGUCCCCUGGAGAGGCCCAUCCUGGUGGAGUUUGCCCUGCUGGAGACAGAGGAGCGAACCAAGCCUGUGUGUGUGUUCUGGAACCACUCCCUCACCACCGGUGGCACUGGAGGGUGGUCAGCCAAGGGCUGCGAGCUCCUGUCCAGGAACCGGACCCACGCCACCUGCCGGUGCACCCACACGACCAGCUUUGCGGUGCUCAUGGACGUCUCCCGGCGCGAGCACGGGGAGGUCCUGCCCCUGAAGAUUGUCACCUACGCCGCCGUGUCCUUGUCCCUGGCAGCCCUGCUGGUGGCCUUCGUCCUCCUUGCCCUCAUCCGGACGCUGCGUUCCAACCUGCACAGCAUCCACAAGAACCUCAUCGGGGCCCUCUUCUUCUCCCAGCUGAUCUUCGUGGUCGGGAUCAACCAGACGGAAAACCCGUUCCUGUGCACGGUGGUUGCCAUCCUCCUGCACUACGUCUACAUGAGCACCUUCGCCUGGACGCUCGUGGAGAGCCUGCACGUCUACCGCAUGCUGACCGAAGUGCGCAACAUCGACGCGGGGCCCGUGAGGUUCUACUACGUCGUGGGCUGGGGCAUCCCGGCCAUUGUCACAGGACUGGCAGUUGGCCUGGACCCCCAGGGCUAUGGAAACCCUGACUUCUGCUGGCUUUCUCUUCGCGACACCCUGAUCUGGAGCUUUGCCGGGCCCAUUGGAACCGUUAUAAUCAUCAAUACAGUCAUUUUUAUCCUGUCUGCAAAGGUUUCCUGCCAAAGAAAGCACCAUUAUUAUGAGAGAAAAGGGGUCGUCUCCCUGCUGAGGACGUCCUUCCUCCUGCUGCUGCUCGUGAGCGCCACCUGGCUGCUGGGGCUGCUGGCCGUGAACAGCGACGUGCUCAGCUUCCACUACCUCUUUGCCACCUUCAGCUGCUUACAGGGCCUCUUUGUCCUCCUGUUCCACUGUGUGCUCAACAGGGAGGUCCGGAAGCACCUGCGGGGGGUCCUCGCUGGGAAGAAGCCACACCUGGACGACUCGGCCACCACCAGGGCUACCCUGCUGACGCGCUCCCUCAACUGCAACAACACGUUCAGCGAGGGCCCCGACAUGCUGCGCACGGCGCUGGGCGAGUCCACCGCCUCGCUGGACAGCACUGUCAGGGACGAAGGGGUGCAGAAGCUCAGCGUGUCCUCUGGGCUGGCACGGGGUGGACAUGGAGAGCCAGAUCCAUCCUUCGUCCCCAGGAGCUCCAAGAUACCCCACGGCCAUGAUUCAGACUCGGACAGCGAGCUGUCCCCGGAUGAGCAGAGCAGCUCUUACGCCUCCUCACACUCGUCGGACAGCGAGGACGAUGGCGCAGAGGCCGAGGACAAAUGGGACACAGCCCCGGGCCCUGUCCACAGCACCCCCAAAGUGGACGCCGUGGCCAACCACAUCCCAGCUGGCUGGCCGGACGAGAGCCUGGUGGGGAGCGACAGUGAGGAGCAGGGCGAUCAGCCCCCCCUGAAGGUGGAGACCAAGGUCAGCGUGGAGCUGCACCGGGAGGGGCACGGCAGUCACCGGGGUGACUGCCCCCCAGACCUGGAGAGCCCCGCCAAGCCUGCAGCGGCGCUCAGCAGCCAGCCCCCGGAGCAGAGGAAAGGCAUCUUGAAAAAUAAGGUCACCUACCCGCCACCGCUGACGGAGCAGAAGCUGAAGGGCCGGCUCCGGGAAAAGCUGGCCGACUGUGAGCAGAGCCCCGCAUCCUCGCGCACGUCCUCCCCGGGCUCCGGCGACGCACUUGCCCCCGACUGUGCCAUCACCGUCAAGACCCCGCGGAGGGAGCCGGUGCGCGAGCACCUCAAUGGGGUGGCCAUGAACGUGCGCACAGGGAGCGCCCAGGCCCAUGGCUCCGACUCGGAAGGCAGUAACGAAACCUCAAUUUGA